AUGUCAUCAAUAAAUUCAUUAUAUGUCGUUUGCAAGAAUAAUGAUAUAGGUCGCGUACGUGAACUUCUACAAGCUUUGACCGCGGAUGAAUUGAAUGAGCAAGGUCCUAAUAAUCGUACAGCUUUACAUAUCGCUGCAUUGUAUGGACAUGCGGAGGUAUUAGAACUUUUAUUGACACAUAAAAGUAUUAAUCAAUCGAUCAAAAAUCAAUGGGGAUGCGUUGCCAAAGAUGAAGCUCCUGCUCACUUAAAGUUUUUAUUUGAUAAAAUACCAACAAUAGACAAGACCGAUACCAUCAACGAAUAUAAUGAUUGUGUCGAAGAAUCAAUCGAAUGGUUUGAUACAUAUAAACACGCCUAUCGAAUUGCUUAUGAGAAUCAUACUCAUUUGAAGCAAUGGUUAACUAAAGUACCCUUCGCUAGGCUAGUAGAAGAAAUUCAUGCUGGCUAUAUUGACAAAAUUGAUUUUGGUUCUGAUCAAAUUGAUCAGAAACUUUUAAUCAAAAAUUACAUGAAGCAAGCCAUGGAAAAUAAUGAUCCAACACCGCUUGUUCGUGCCUACACGGAAAAGACACGUUUCGUUACCAAACUAAACGAAGAUUUAGCCAAUUGUGGAUCCGAUUUUCGGUUCGAGAUAAGUUUCGCAAUGAGUACUACAGUUUAUCGUGAUAAUGAUCCACCAAAAGGCUUUGGUCAAUACAUUUUCGUUGCCAUUCUCAGUCAUCAUCCGCAACUACAACAGUAUCGUCAUUACAUUGGGACAACCUAUCGUGGUAUGAAUGUGAAAAACUCAGAUUUAGAUCAAUAUGAAGAAGGUAAAUCUAUCCUGACGCGAACAUUUUUGUCUACGUCAACUGAUCAAGCCGUCGCGCAGAAUUUUCUAAUAAAUCACUCUCACAAUCUAGAGUCGAAUCAUCAAGUCAUAUGUACCUAUCAUAUUCGAAAUCCAUGUCAAGCCAUUGAUGUACACACCAUAUCCACGUACCCGAAUGAGAACGAAAUCCUCAUUAUUCCAUUCACUACAUUCAAAAUUACUAGUAUCAAGAAGAAUCUCGAUGGUAUAAAUUAUAUCGAACUCGACGAGUGUGGUAUCAAUAAUGCUUAAUCAAUUUUUGAUUGUAGAGAAUGAUUUUGUAUUUUUUCCUAUGGCAGAGAAAAUAAAAAGUCUCUUGAGCAUG